AUGGCGCAAUGGGCUGACUCGGUGCAAGAGUGUGACUCGGUGGACGCGGCCGAGCUCGACGACCCGCCGAUAUGGCAGGAGCAGCUGUUUCUGCCGGUGGGAAGUCCCAGUUUUGAUAUGAGGCUCGCCGUCGAUGGCUCGCACUACGACCCGCGCUUCACACGCCCGUGGCAGACGGUGGGCGUGCCCGCAGAUGGGAUGCACUACAGCCACUACACGCGCCGACAGCGCAGUCGGACGUCGCCCGAUGCUGCCAAGGAGACGCGCGAUGGCGCAUGGAUCCGCAACCGCGGCCACGAGAUCCCCCUCACGGCUGCCGUGCGCAGCGGCGACGCUGGCCGGCUCCAGCGGGUCAUCGAGUCGGGCCACGUGGCCGCCGUCAUCGGCGACGACGACGAGGACGCCAUCCUGGGGCCGACCGAGUACCUGGCGUGCCCCACGACGGGCGAGACCGCGCUCCACGUGGCGGCCGCCUGUGCGCGUGCCGACAUGGUUGCGCUGCUCCUUGAUGCGGGCCUCUUUGGCGCCGACGAGCGCGACGACUUUGGCGCGACGCCGCUCAUGUACACCACGAGCGAGGCCCAGGUCCGCGCCUGCGUCGACGUUCUUCUCGCCCGUGGCGCUAACGUCGACGCGCAAAACACAGCCAGCGACCCGCUGGCCGACGAUCAUCACCGCGGCGAGUUCGCCACCACGGCUCUGGGCUGGGCGGCGAGGGCGUGGAACGGGGCGUUUCUGCGGGCCAUGCGUGGUCGCGCCGACUUCGAUGCCCUGCAGCAGCAGCAGCAGCAGCAGCAGCAGCAGCAGCAGCAGCAGCAGCAGCAGCAGCAGCAGCAAGGACAAUCGCAGAGACGCAGGAGCCUCGUGUGCUAUGUGAAGCACUCUCUCGUCCCGUUUGGCGCGGCACAACACGCACACGGAUAUGGCAGUCAUGAAGGUCAUGCAUCGCCGCCAAAUCUCGCGUGGGACUAUAGCAAUACGCGGCUGCUGCGCAACGACGGAGCCACGAGCAGCCGCGACUGGGCCCAGCGUCGCCUCGACUGCUGGUGUGCUACUGUCGAUGCGCUGCAGCAGGGGGGCGCGCGCGUCCGACUCAGCGGCGACGUCGUCGCACCCGCUGGCGUCGCCAGUCCCGCCUCGGUCACCAUGCACCUGCUGCAGCGGUACUGCACGCAGGAGCACGUCGACGUGGCAGCGCUCGUGAAUCGGGUGUGCACACUCGAGGGAGCGCGUGCGACCGUGGGCGUGCUUCUUGUCCUGCGUUCCCUGGGCCAGGACGACGCGUGCGAGCUUCAAGAUCGUCUCGUUGCGGCAGGCGCCAGCAUUAAGGGCGCCACCGUCUUCCCCCCGUCGAGCUGGGAGCAGACCGUCUUCUUUGGACGACUGCCUACGUUCCAUGCGGCCCUGUACGAGGGUCGCGCAGCCAGGGAGGGCGACGAGUCCUUUCGAUCCGACAAGCACAGAAACUACACGCAGCCGCUGCCCCUCGUCGCUUUCGCCCUCGUCGCCGCGCGGCCGGACCUGGUCGAGCAGCUGCUUGCACACGACGCGCACCGCGAUGCACGCCUCCUGCCCGGCUUUUCCUGGCGCGACUUCAUCGAGCUGCCCACGGACCUCCACGACUCCAACUGGCGUUUGGCCAGGCAGACGGGAAACCUGGAGGCCAUCGCUCAGUACCUGGGCGUCUCGUCGCAGCGGCUGCUGCUCGCUUCCGAGCACCACAGACCGAGGCUCCACUCGCUCGUCUCUGGUCUGAAUUAA